GUUAAGACUGUUGCACUAUCCUGUUACCAGCCACACGAUCCUUUCUUCCUUCCCUAGACGAAGAACUCGCGAGUCGCCACCAAUGAACCCAACACAGACGCUACACUCCCGCGGCGGUAAUUCGCCGUCAACGCACCCGUCAUUCCUCUUCCCUCAAAUCAACAGAUGCCGAACCAUGCGAGACCUCUCCCAAAUCCACGCCACAUUCGUCAAAUCAGGCCAAAUGCGAGACACUCUCGCCGCCGCGGAGCUCCUCCGCUUCUGCGCCACCACCUCCGAUCUCCUCCACCGCGACCUCGAUUACGCGCACAAGAUCUUCACCCAGAUGCCUCAGCGCAACACCUUCUCCUGGAACACCAUAAUCCGAGGCUUCAGCGAGAGCGACGAAGAAAACGCGAUCAACGCAAUCACACUCUUCCACGAGAUGAUGACGAGCGACGAGGAGGAAGACUCGGUCGAACCGAACCGGUUUACCUUCCCGUCUCUCCUCAAGGCCUGCGCGAAAACCGGGAGGAUCGAAGAAGGCAAGCAGAUCCACGCGUUGGCGUUGAAGCUAGGGCUUAGCGGCGACGAGUUCGUGAUGAGCAAUCUCGUGAGGAUGUAUGUGAUGUGCGGUUUGAUGAGAGACGCGUGCGUGUUGUUUUACAAGAACAUUAUAGGGAGAGAUAUGGCUGUGAUGAUGGUUGAUGGUGGGAGAAAGAGGGACGGUGAAGUUGUUCUAUGGAAUGUGAUGAUCGACGGUUACAUGAGGCUUGGUGAUUGUAAAGCUGCGCGGACGUUGUUCGAUCAAAUGCGUGUGAGAAGCGUUGUUUCUUGGAACACGAUGAUCUCUGGUUACUGCAAGAACGGGGCUUACAAGGAGGCUGUGGAGAUUUUCUGUGAGAUGAGGAGAGUUGAUUUGCGUCCUAGUUAUGUCACUUUGGUUAGUGUUCUUCCCGCGGUUUCGAGGAUAGGGUCGUUGGAGUUGGGGGAGUGGUUGCAUUCUUAUGCAGAGAGUAAUAGAGUGGAGAUUGAUGAUGUCCUUGGCUCUGCUUUGAUUGAUAUGUACUCCAAAUGCGGAGUUGUGGAGAGAGCAGUUGAGGUGUUUGAGAGGUUACCGAGGAAGAAUGUGAUUACUUGGAGUGCGAUGAUAAACGGGUUUGCUAUACACGGCUUAGCAAGUGAUGCUAUUGACUGUUUCUGUAGAAUGAGGGAGGCUGGAGUUAAGCCUAGCGAUGUUGCGUACAUCAAUCUCUUGACCGCUUGUAGCCACGCUGGGAUGGUAGAAGAAGGGAGGAAGUAUUUUAGUCAGAUGGUGAAUGUGGAUGGUUUAGAGCCGAGGAUCGAACACUACGGUUGUAUGGUUGAUCUGUUGGGACGCUCGGGUCUUCUCGAAGAAGCUGAGCAGUUUAUACACAACAUGCCUGUAAAACCAGAUGACGUGAUAUGGAAAGCUCUUUUGGGUUCUUGCAGAAUGCACGGAAACGUGGAGAUGGGGAAACGUGUGGCUAAUAUUCUGAUGGAUAUGGUUCCUCAGGACAGUGGAGCUUAUGUGGCUCUCUCAAACAUGUACGCUUCCCAGGGAAACUGGUCAGAGGUUUCGGAGAUGAGGCUGAGGAUGAAAGAGAUGGAUAUAAGAAAAGACCCCGGGUGUAGCUGGAUCGAUGUUGAUGGUGUGCUUCAUGAGUUUCUUGUGGAAGACGAUUCUCACCCGAGAGCCAAAGAUAUCAACUCGAAGCUUGUGGAAAUCUCAGAGAAACUGAGACUGGCUGGGUAUAGACCCAUCACCACACAGGUUUUGCUGAACUUGGAGGAAGAGGAUAAAGAAAACGCGCUUCAUUACCAUAGCGAGAAGAUCGCUGUUGCGUUUGGGUUAAUAAGCACGACACCUGGUAAACCAAUACGCAUUGUUAAGAACCUGCGUAUCUGUGAGGAUUGUCACUCGUCUCUCAAACUCAUCUCCAAGGUUUACGAAAGAAAGAUAACGGUAAGGGACCGGAAACGCUUUCACCAUUUCGAAAAUGGAUCAUGCUCGUGUAUGGAUUAUUGGUGAAAGUAAACAAAAGUACUUCAUUGUUCAUAGUGUAUACACAUGUUCUGUUAUUUCUUUGCUCUCAUAACAAUGAUAAUAAUUAAAUUUCUUUAGACCUGAGAUGCGUUUAGACCCGUUGAUACGCUAAACUGUUUAUAAUU